UGAGCGGGCCGUGCGGGCACCCCCGACCUUCCAGGUGACAGCCGGUCACCCUGCUAGGAGUCAGCUCCGCCCCGAGUCGCCCCUUCCCGCCCACAGCUUCACUCUCCGCCCAGCCUUCCAGUGCCAGCCCUGGGCGAGCGCGCCGGCCGCAGCGGGCUGCAGGAGCAGGAGCAGGAGCUGGAGCAGGAGACCGCGGCUGCCCUGGUCCCCGACCCGGAGGACGGACGGGCGGCGGGAGGACAGACCGGCCCCGGGACGCGAUCUCCAGGAAGGAGGAUGCGCGCGUGAGCCUGUGUCUCCCGCUAGUCUACGGAGCUGCAGCCGGAGGCUCUGAGCCGUGCCCGGGGAAGUGUCGCAUGGGGCAGGGCCGCUGAAGCACGGACUUUAAGGGCUGGUGGCACCGAGUCAGGCGCGGGGGCCUGGGACGACAGUUAGCAGUUUCCUCGGCUCCUGCACAGUGAGAGUUGGGGGCGCGGCGCCCUCGCUAGGCGCGAGUUAUGGAGUCGCCUAGCUGCAUUCAGGAUGAGCCUUUCCCGCACCCCCUAGAGCCGGAGCCGAGUGCCCUAGCGCAACCAGGUGCCACCAAGCCUGGCGACAAGCGCUUCCGGCUAUGGUACGUGGGAGGGUCUUGCUUGGAUCGCAGGACCACGCUGCCCAUGCUCCCGUGGCUCAUGGCCGAGAUCCGUCGGCGCAGCCAGAAGCCCGAGGCGGGCGGCUGCGGGGCGCCCGCGGCCCGGGAGGUGCUCCUGGUGCUCAGCGCCCCCUUCCUGCGUUGCGUCCCCGCGCCAGGUGUCGGGGUCGGCGGGGGCGCAGGCUCCGGAGCCGUACAGCCCAACACCGGGGUGUUCAUCUUCGAGCACAAGGCUCAGCACAUCUCGCGCUUCAUCCACAACAGCCACGACCUCACCUACUUUGCCUAUUUGAUCAAGGCGCAGCCCGACGACCCCGAGUCACAGAUGGCCUGCCACGUUUUCCGCGCCACGGACCCUAACCAGGUUCCAGAUGUGAUCAGUAGCAUCCGGCAAUUAUCCAAGGCUGCCAUGAAGGAGGACGCCAAACCCAGCAAAGAUAACGAGGAUGCCUUCUACAACUCUCAGAAGUUCGAAGUGCUCUACUGUGGGCGGGUGAUCGUGACCCACAAGAAGGCACCUUCCAGCCUCAUUGAUGACUGCAAGGACAAGUUCAGCCUGCAUGAGCAGCAGCGACUGAAGUUGCAGGGCGAGAGAGGUGGUGACCCCGGGGACGGGGACGACAUGGGUAUCCUUGAGGCUGAGUCUCCUGUGUCUCCAGAUGACGGCCUGCCUGAGAAGGCAGAUGGUAUAGUCAACUGCCCCCGUGCUCUGCCCUCCCUGGCUAGCCUCCCUGCGUUGGCCAGCCAACCCGCACUGGCCAGCUCUCGGGUUUGUUUCCCAGAGAGGAUUUUGGAAGACUGUGGCUUUGAUGAGCAGCAGGAGUUCCGAUCUCGGUGCAGCAGUGUCACAGGCGUCAUGCAAAAGAAGGUUCACGAGAACAACCAGAAAACCCAGCCAAGAAGGCGGCACGCAAGCGCACCCAGUCACGUGCAGCCCUCAGACUCGGAGAAGAACCGCACCAUGCUCUUUCAGGUCGGCCGCUUUGAGAUUAACCUCAUCAGUCCAGACACUAAGUCAGUCGUGCUCGAGAAGAAUUUCAAAGACAUCUCCUCUUGCUCUCAGGGGAUAAAGCAUGUGGAUCACUUUGGCUUCAUCUGCCGGGAGUCUCUGGAGCCGGGGCUGAGCCAGUACAUCUGUUAUGUGUUCCAGUGUGCCAACGAAUCUCUGGUGGAUGAGGUCAUGCUGACUCUGAAGCAAGCUUUCAGCACGGCCGCUGCACUGCAGAGUGCCAAGACGCAGAUCAAACUGUGUGAGGCCUGCCCCAUGCACUCUUUGCAUAAGCUCUGUGAGAGAAUCGAAGGUCUCUACCCGCCUCGAGCCAAGCUGGUAAUCCAGAGGCAUCUCUCUUCGCUGACGGAUAAUGAGCAAGCUGACAUCUUUGAACGGGUUCAGAAAAUGAAGCCCAUCAGCGACCAGGAGGAGAAUGAACUUGUGAUUCUGCACCUGAGGCAGCUCUGUGAAGGCAAGCAGAAGACCCACGUGCACAUCGGGGAAGGCCCGGCGAUUAUUUCAAAUAGUACAAUCCCAGAGAAUUCGACAAGCGGUGGGAGGUUCAAGCUUGAUGUUCUGAAAAACAAAGCGAAGAGGUCCUUAACUUCCUCCUUGGAAAAUAUCUUCUCCAGGGGAGCUAACAGAAUGAGAGGGCGGCUCGGAAGUGUGGACAGCUUCGAACGGUCCAACAGUCUUGCUUCAGAGAAGGACUUUUCACCAGGGGGCUCUCCUCCUGGGACACCGCCAGCCUCUCCACUGUCCUCCGCCUGGCACACCUUCCCCGAGGAGGAUUCUGACUCUCCGCAGUUUCGAAGACGGGCCCACACGUUCAGCCACCCACCUUCAAGUUCAAGGAGGAAGCUGAACUUGCAAGAUGGGAAGGCCCACGGACUGCGGUCCCCUCUACUGAGGCAGAACUCCAGUGAGCAAUGCAGUGAUGGAGAAGGGAGGAAGAGGACCUCAUCCACCUGCAGCAACGAGUCCCUAAGUGCUGGAGGAACCCCUGUCACUCCUCGCAGAAUUUCGUGGAGGCAGCGGAUUUUCCUCCGGGUGGCAUCUCCUGUGAACAAGUCCCCCUCAGCUAUGCAGCAGCAGAAAGAUGGGCUAGACCGGACUGAGCUGCUCCCGUUGUCGCCUCUCUCUCCCACCAUGGAGGAAGAGCCUCUCGUUAUAUUCUUGUCUGGUGACGAGGACACAGAAAAAGUUGAAGAGAAGAAGAAAUCGAAGGAGAUAAAGAGUCUGUGGAAGAAAGCUAUACACCAGCAAAUCCUGUUGCUUCGAAUGGAGAAGGAAAACCAGAAACUGGAAGCGAGAAGAGAUGAACUCCAGUCUAGAAAAGUUAAGUUAGACUAUGAAGAAGUUGGUACGUGUCAGAAGGAGGUCUUGAUAGCAUGGGACAAGAAGUUGUUAAAUUGCAGAACUAAGAUCAGAUGCGACAUGGAAGAUAUCCACACGUCCCUUAAAGAAGGGGUCCCUAAAAGUCGGCGAGGGGAAAUUUGGCAAUUUCUAGCUUUACAAUACCGCCUGAGACACAGAUUGCCCAACAAACACCAGCCUCCGGACACCUCCUAUAAGGAACUUCUGAAGCAGCUCACGGCUCAGCAGCACGCCAUCCUCGUGGAUUUGGGGAGGACUUUUCCCACCCACCCUUACUUUUCAGUGCAGCUCGGGGCAGGGCAGCUGUCCCUCUUCAACCUGCUGAAGGCCUACUCUCUGUUGGACAAGGAGGUCGGCUACUGUCAGGGGAUCAGCUUCGUGGCCGGCGUCCUCCUUCUGCACAUGAGUGAGGAGCAAGCCUUUGAAAUGCUCAAGUUCCUCAUGUACGACCUGGGCUUCCGCAAGCAGUACCGACCGGAUAUGAUGUCACUGCAGAUUCAGAUGUACCAGCUCUCCAGACUCCUUCAUGACUACCACCGGGAUCUCUACAAUCAUCUUGAGGAAAAUGAGAUCAGCCCCAGUCUGUAUGCUGCACCCUGGUUUCUCACACUCUUUGCCUCUCAGUUUCCCUUAGGAUUUGUAGCCAGAGUUUUUGAUAUUAUUUUUCUUCAAGGAACUGAAGUUAUAUUUAAGGUUGCUCUCAGCUUACUGAGCAGCCAAGAGGCACUGAUAAUGGAGUGUGAAAACUUUGAAAACAUUGUUGAAUUUCUCAAAAGUACGUUACCCGAUAUGAACACCACUGAGAUGGAAAAAAUUAUUACCCAGGUUUUUGAGAUGGAUAUUUCUAAACAGUUACAUGCCUAUGAGGUAGAAUAUCACGUGCUGCAGGAUGAGCUUCUGGAAUCUUCCUAUGCCUGUGAGGAUACUGAGUCUCUGGAGAAGCUGGAGAGAGCCAACAACCAAUUGAAAAGACAGAACAUGGACCUCUUAGAAAAACUCCAGGUGGCUCACGCUAAAAUUCAGGCCUUGGAAUCCAACCUAGAAACUCUUUUGACCAGAGAAACCAAAAUGAAGACUUUAAUCCGGACCCUGGAACAAGAUAAAAUGGCUUAUCAAAAGACAGUGGAACAAAUCCGGAAGCUGCUACCAGCAGAUGCGCUGGCUAACUGUGAAUUGCUGUUGAAAGACCUAAGUUACCCAACCAACGACAAAGCCAAGGCGGGAAAUAAGCCAUAGUUUCAGACAGAGCCUCCACAGAUGACGGCUUCCUUAAAAUACCCGGAAAAAGGACCCUGUGUAAGAUCGACCAGAAAGCUGGUAGGACAGCUACUACUGGUGCUGAGGUCAUCAGUAGGCGACGUAGCUCUCCUCAGAGCACUCCACUCUUAAGCCAUCACAGACACCCAGACUGUAUUUUCUUCUGGUUGUUGCCAACUAUGUACAUAACCAUAUAUAAGUGGACAUACAGAUUCAUGCUUUCAAAUCAAACAGUAGGUGUGUAUUCAGAGCAAUUUUUUUUCUUUUUUUUUCAGCCAGAACUUCAUGAAAUUCACCUCCAAGGGAGAGUUCAAGUAAGCUUCUCCUUGGAUACACAUGAAAUCCUUUUUCUAGUGAAACAAAUCCAGAACAUCUUUGUAUAUUGAAAUAUACUUGAAAAAAAAAUGAAUGUAUUCCCCCGCCUCCCCCCCAAAGACUAGCAUGCUUCACUCAGUGUGGUAGGCAGACACAUUUCUUUAGCUCCAUGUCUGUGUCUAUAAGGGACAUGAUGGGCUGCCAGUCUCCCUUCCGUGAGUCUUCUAGGAAGGUGGGGCUCUUCUGCCCUGCCUGCUGUGUGACAACCUUCGAGCAUCUUGAGUGCGGUUAGGCUAUGCCUUAGAUACACGUAGGGAGAAAGCAGGACAUUGUGGCUGAGUCAACCCACCUCAAGGUGAAGAGGAAUGUUGCUAAUUUUCUAGCAGAUUAGACCAGCAUUGAUAGUCAAACUGAUAAUACUAGGCCUCAAAAGACACCAUUAAGCUCCUGGAUAGCUUUUUGCCUUUUUAUUUAAGGGACUUCUAUAGUGGCAAACAGUUGCUUGGUGCUGUAUUUACCAAGUGAGAGGGUUUGCUUUUUUUUUUCUCUCAAAAUUAUGGGAGCAUUCUAGGUAGUUCUCGAGACCUUCGGUUUUAGAAGAGGGAAAUAAAAUUAGGAUUUCCCAAAGAUGAUAUAUACCACGAUCAGUUGCUUUUCUAUCUUUUGCUCAAUGAUAGAACACAUUUUUUUAAAUCGCUUUCCCCUUUCAUGUGAAAAAUUUAGAACUGUGAAAUAUUUAGGAACAAACCAUGGAAAGCACACUGGAGGGGAAGGGAACGUCUCCAACCCAGGUAAAGCUUACGGCUCUGUGUUUGGACUCCGGACUUCUGCUGCGCACCCAUAGGUUACUAGAGAAUGUAAUUUUCCCAGGACAUGUUGAGUCCCUACAGCAGAGACGAUGGAUUUUACAAUAGUGCCUCCGAACACAGACGCAGCAGGGGUUUCUUUGCCUUUCCAAGCGGUCUUUACCGUCGCUGCUCUUUCAGCCCUUGUCUUUUUGCAGAUGGGUUACUUGGGGGUAAUUUUCCUCAGAGAGAGUUUAUUACACACAAGAUGAAGUUUUAUUAUAGGGCUUAUAGGAGUCAAGGUGUAAAGUCUCCAAAGACAUUGAAGAGUGGAUGCCAAGCAUCUAGGCUGUUCCCCCCUCGAAUGUCAAAGGUCUCACAGCGUCAGAGGAUCUUUGGAUCUAGGGGGGGUGUUUCUCCUAAAAAAACAAAGUCUUAUUUAGCUAGGAGAGGUGAUGUACACAUUCUAGAUUCUAGGAAGUGCUCAUUACCGAUUCUCCAUUCGGUUGAGGGCCAUUAGUUGAUCUGUUGCUUGGAUCUUCUGGAAAUGUCUUUAUUCUCCUACCAGGACGAAGAGGAGUUCAGCGUUUCUGUCUGAUGGUUGUGAUUGCCUUGUGGGUGUGAUACAUGGGUGGUGGUUGAGGGAUCCUUAUGUUAGGGAAGGAAAUAUUUUCUUUCCAUUUCUUCAUUAAAAGUAGACUACGUUCCGGAUGUUGGGGGUCCGCAGUGUGGGUUGUUUAUGGUAUUCCGUGAUUAAGACCAUGUGGAUAUGGUAUUUUUUUUUCUUUUGUGAAAAUGAUUUUUCUUUCUCAUUGGUGAUUUAAAAAAAAUUGUUACACCCGUUUCGCUUUGUAACUUUACAUCUUCAUCACCUUCAUGUAACGUCUAGGAUCAUUUCCAAUAAAUAUGUUGCUGCCGUUUCUUGA